CGCAGCCCCGAGCGAGCGUCCGCCCCCCCUUCCUCUCGGAGCCAGCUGGAGACGCAUUUGGUUUCCCUUUUAACCAUGUUACUUUUGCGAGGAGAAUAAAAUGAGCAGGAGCAGCUAUUGGCUGCAGCACCACAAGCAAGCCCAGCUUUGCCAGAGGAAACCACAUAAAAGCGUGCGUGUGUGUUUGGGGGGAGGGCGCAGCGAGGGAUGAUGCCUGGAGCUUCUUGCACUCGGAGCUGCGAUUUGUGAGUCAAACAUGAUGAAAUCACCCCCUGGACAAAUCACACGAGCCUGUCAACCUCACCAGGUUAUAUCUUUAUUUGCUUUUGCCUUUGGAGUAAAUGUCUGCAUGGGAUUUACAACAAAUCGAUUUAGGAGAUCUGAAGAAUGGGAUGAGGGCCCCGUCUCAGUCCUGUCAGAUUCCCCCUGGAUCAGUACCUCUGGCUCCUGCAAAAACAGAUGCUUUGAACUUCAAGAGGCAGAGCCUCCUGGCUGCCGCUGUGACAACCUGUGCAAGAGCUACAACAGCUGCUGCUUCGACUUUGAUGAGCUGUGCUUAAAGACAGCUCGGGGCUGGGAAUGUACCAAAGAUCGCUGUGGAGAGACUAGGAAUGAUGACAAUGCUUGUCACUGCUCUGAAGACUGCUUAAGUAGAGGAGAUUGCUGUACUAAUUACCAAGUCGUUUGCAAAGGAGAAACCCACUGGGUAGAUGAUGACUGUGAAGAGAUAAAGGCUCCUGAAUGUCCAGCAGGCUUUGUUCGCCCUCCUUUGAUCAUCUUCUCUGUUGAUGGUUUCCGUGCAUCAUAUAUGAAGAAAGGGAACAAGGUCAUGCCCAAUAUUGAAAAACUGAGAUCUUGUGGAACACAUUCUCCUUACAUGAGACCUGUCUACCCAACAAAAACUUUCCCCAACUUGUACACACUUGCUACUGGACUUUAUCCUGAAUCACAUGGAAUCGUUGGCAAUUCAAUGUAUGACCCAGUGUUUGAUGCCAGCUUCAGUCUUCGAGGGCGAGAGAAAUUCAAUCACAGAUGGUGGGGAGGUCAACCAAUUUGGAUUACUGCAGCCAAGCAAGGGGUGAAAGCUGGCACAUUCUUCUGGUCUGUUGUCAUCCCCCAUGAGCGCAGAAUAUUGACAAUACUGCAGUGGCUAACCCUUCCAGACAAUGAAAGGCCUUAUGUUUAUGCUUUCUACUCUGAGCAACCAGAUGCUGCUGGCCACAGAUAUGGUCCUUUCAACUCAGAGAUGAUGGUGAAUCCCCUGAGGGAGAUUGACAAGACAGUAGGACAACUAAUGGACGGUCUGAAACAGUUGAAACUACAUCGAUGUGUCAACGUCAUCUUUGUUGGUGAUCAUGGGAUGGAAGACACUACUUGUGAAAGAACUGAAUUUUUAAGCAACUAUCUGACUAAUGUGGAAGACAUAAUUUUGCUGCCUGGAUCUCUAGGGCGAAUUCGCCCUAGGUCUAGUAAUAACCCAAAAUAUGACCCUAAAGUGAUUGUUGCCAACCUUACAUGUAGAAAGCCAGACCAGCAUUUCAAGCCUUACUUGAAGCAGCACCUGCCUAAACGCUUGCACUACGCUUACAACAGAAGAAUUGAGGAUGUCCACUUACUGGUGGAUCGCAAGUGGCAUGUGGCAAGGAAAGCUGUGGACGUUUACAAGAAACCAACAGGAAAAUGUUUCUUCCAUGGAGACCAUGGCUAUGACAACAAGAUAAACAGCAUGCAG